UUUGUGUCUUUUUCGAGCAGCAUGGCGGACGCAUUUGGAGGGGAUUUGUUCAGCGUGUUUGAGGAGGAACAGAGCAGUUCCAGCAAAAAACCAUCCUCAAAGACUACAGCGCAGCCCGGGAAAACAGCCAGCACACAUGGCAAAGACAAGACAGACUCUCCAUCUGUCUCAGGGGCGAAGCGAGAGGCAGAUAACGAUGGGACUGAGGAGGUGGUGUUUGGUAAAAAAGCCAAGCUGGAGACAGUCUCAGCAGAGGAGAUCAAUCUUGCAGACCUGAUGCCUAAAGUGAAAGUGGAGCAGGUUGAGACGGUGGAGGGCUGCACACAUGAAGUGGCGCUACCUGCAGAUGAGGAGUACAAACAGCUGAAGCCGCGAGUCGGAAAAGCAGCCAAGGAAUACCCCUUUAUUCUGGACCCUUUCCAGCGGGAGGCCAUUUUGUGCAUCGACAACAAUCAGUCAGUUUUGGUGUCGGCUCACACCUCUGCCGGGAAAACCGUGUGUGCUGAGUAUGCGAUUGCUCUGGCUCUGAGAGAGAAGCAGCGAGUGAUCUUCACCAGCCCUAUUAAAGCUCUUAGUAAUCAGAAGUACAGAGAAAUGUAUGAGGAGUUUCAGGAUGUCGGCCUAAUGACUGGAGAUGUUACCAUCAACCCCACAGCGUCCUGCCUCGUCAUGACCACAGAGAUUUUGAGGAGUAUGCUGUAUCGAGGGUCAGAGGUCAUGCGCGAGGUGGCCUGGGUCAUCUUUGAUGAGAUUCACUACAUGAGGGACUCAGAGCGUGGAGUGGUUUGGGAGGAGACGAUCAUCCUGCUCCCCGAUAAUGUUCACUAUGUCUUCCUGUCUGCCACCAUCCCCAAUGCCCGACAGUUCGCUGAGUGGAUCUGCCACCUGCACAAACAGCCGUGCCAUGUGGUGUACACAGAUUACCGGCCCACUCCACUGCAGCACUACAUAUUUCCAGCAGGGGGCGACGGACUUCACCUGGUCGUGGAUGAGAAUGGUGAGUUUAGGGAGGAUAACUUUAACACAGCCAUGCAGGUGCUGCGGGAUGCCGGAGACCAGGGGGGCAGCGGUGGGGGGAAGUGGGACCCCAAAGGCAGGAGAGGAGGCACUAAAGGUCCAUCCAAUGUGUUUAAGAUUGUGAAGAUGAUCAUGGAGAGGAACUUCCAGCCUGUCAUCAUCUUCAGCUUCAGCAAAAAGGAGUGUGAGGCCUACGCUCUGCAAGUGUCUAAACUGGACUUUAACACAGAUGAGGAGAAGAAACUGGUGGAGGAGGUUUUCAGCAAUGCUAUCGACUGUCUGUCAGAUGAAGACAAAAAGCUGCCACAGGUGGAGCAUGUCCUCCCUCUGCUGAAGAGAGGCAUUGGGAUCCAUCAUGGUGGACUGCUGCCCAUUCUGAAGGAGACCAUCGAGAUCCUGUUCUCUGAGGGCCUUCUCAAGGCGCUGUUCGCUACGGAGACAUUUGCCAUGGGGAUCAACAUGCCUGCACGAACUGUACUGUUUACCAGCGCACGCAAGUUUGAUGGCAAGGACUUCCGCUGGAUCAGCUCAGGAGAGUACAUCCAGAUGUCCGGCCGUGCUGGGAGGAGAGGGAUGGACGAGAGAGGAAUAGUCAUUUUCAUGGUGGACGAGAAGAUGAGUCCGGCUGUGGGAAAACAACUGUUAAAGGGCUCUGCUGACCCGUUGAACAGUGCGUUCCACCUGACCUAUAACAUGGUGCUGAAUCUGCUGCGUGUGGAGGAGAUAAACCCGGAGUACAUGCUGGAGAAAUCCUUCUACCAGUUCCAGCACUACAGGGCAGUACCCGGCGUACUGGACAAGAUGAAGAAGCUGGAGGAGAUGUAUAAUUCCAUAGAGAUCCCUAACGAGGAGAGCGUGGUCACCUACUAUAAGAUCCGUCAGCAGUUAGCCAAGCUGGGUAAAGAGAUUGAGGAGUAUGUUCGUAAGCCCAAAUACUGCCUGCCCUUCCUGCAGCCUGGACGACUAGUGAAGGUUAAAAAGGAAGCUGGAUUUGGCUGGGGCGUGGUAGUUAAUUUCUCAAAAAAAUCGAACGUCAAAGCCAGUACGGGCGAGCUGGACCCUCUGUAUGUAGUGGAGGUUUUGUUGCACUGCAGUAAAGACAGUGUGAAGAACGCUGCAACAGAGGCAGCCAAACCCGCUGCAGCUGGAGAGAAAGGAGAGAUGCAGGUGGUUCCUGUCUUGUUGAACUUGUUGACCUCCUUCAGCUCCGUGCGGCUCUACAUCCCUAAAGACCUGCGGCCGUAUGACAACAGACAGAGCAUGCUCAAAUCCAUUCAGGAGGUACAGAAGCGUUUUCCUGAUGGGCUCCCUCUGCUGGACCCGAUCGAUGAUAUGGGCAUUAAAGACCCAGGCCUGAAAAAGGUCAUCCAGAAGGUCGAGGCAUUUGAGCACAGGAUGUACACACAUCCGCUUCACAGUGACCCAAACCUGGAGGCCGUGUACACUCUCUGCGAGAAGAAAGCUCUGGUUGCGGGUGAUAUAAAGUCUGCGAAGCGCGAGCUGAAGAAGGCUCGCACCGUGCUGCAGAUGGACGAGCUAAAGUGCAGGAAGCGCGUUCUGCGCCGCCUCGGAUUCGCCACGUCCUCCGACGUCAUCGAGAUGAAGGGCCGGGUGGCCUGUGAGAUCAGCAGUGCGGAUGAGCUGCUCCUGACCGAGAUGAUUUUUAACGGGCUUUUUAACGAUCUGACGGCAGAGCAGGCGACGGCUCUGCUGAGCUGCUUCGUCUUCCAGGAAAAUGCUAAUGAGAUGCCAAAGUUGACGGAGCAGUUAGCAGGUCCGCUGCGUCAGAUGCAGGAAUGUGCCAAGCGCAUUGCCAAAGUUUCUGCUGAGGCGAAGUUGGAGGUGGAUGAGGAAACUUACAUGAACCAGUUCCGCCCACACCUGAUGGACGUGGUUUACACCUGGGCCAAUGGGGCGUCCUUCUCACAGAUCUGCAAAAUGACCGACGUCUUCGAAGGCAGUAUAAUCCGCUGUAUGCGGCGGCUGGAGGAGCUCCUGAGGCAGAUGUGUCAGGCAGCCAAGGCUAUUGGCAAUACAGAGCUGGAGAAUAAGUUUGCUCUUGGUAUAACGAAGAUCAAGAGAGAUAUCGUGUUUGCUGCCAGUCUUUACCUGUAAAGGAGGACUCUUCACUGCACAUCUGUUGGUUUAUGCUGGACCCAUAUUGUGUUUGUUUAGCUCAUUUUGCAGAAUGACAAAUGGAGACAAGAGUGACUCAGACUGUUUUGUGUUCAAGCAUAAUGGGUUCUUUAUUUUUUUGUACAUACUCUUUUAACAUAAUUUUUUAAUUAAAAAAAGUCUGUAUAGUGAUUAUUCUCAUCAUACAAAUAAAAAAGGAGCUUUUUUUUCCAUUUUCAGAGAAGUAGAGGUUAGCAUUGGGGUCAUACACAGGAAGCAGUGGUAGCAGCAUUAGCGGCCCGGGCAAGGCAUCAUGGGACAUCAUCCAUAAGGAGCUGAGUCAUAAACACACAAA